GAGGAGUUCCGAAGCUGACCCAAUUUUGCCUCAUGAUUUGGACUAACUGAUACCGCUGCACCGCUUUCAGUUUUCAAGAUUUGUUCCUAAUUCAACAAAUAGUGAAAUUAUGGAUAAAAAGUUCACCGAAGAAGAGGCCACCCUUUAUGAUCGUCAAAUUCGUUUGUGGGGUCUGGACGCUCAAAAGCGGCUACGCAAUGCCCGCAUUCUCGUUUGCGGUAUGAGCGGCUUGGGAGCUGAAGUGGCCAAGAAUCUGGUUUUAGCUGGGGUCAAGUCUCUUACCAUGUUGGACCAGGUCAACCUCACCCUUGAGCACUGCCAAUCCAAUUUUCUGGCUCCUCGAGAUCAGGUUGGCAAGAAUAGAGCUGAAGCCAGUUUGAAUCGCCUCCAAAAUUUGAACCCCAUGGUUCAGGUCUCGGCUGAGGUGGGUGAUGUAGAUGCCAAGGAUCGCGAGUAUUUCAAGGACUUUGACAUUGUCCUGGUGACAUCGGCCAUGAAGGACACGCUCAUUAAAGUCAACGGAUUCUGCCGUGAUCUCGGGAUCAAGUUUUUAUCCGGUGACGUGUUUGGAUUCUUUGGCUAUGCAUUUAUGGACCUGGUUGAGCACGAAUUCGUGGAGGAGGUGAUGAAGAGUUCGAAUUCGGAUUUGGAUGCGGAUGAGCCGGUCAAGAAGAGACCAAAGAAAGAUGCCGAGGGCGAGCAAGAAGAAGAAGAAAGUAAGACGAAAAUGGUCAAGACAAUCAUGUCAUUCGUGCCCUUGGAAAAAUCUCUGGCCUCUGAUUGGAGCCAGGAAGCAUACAAGAAGCGAAUCAAGCGAAUGGACCCCUCAUUUUUUGUGCUCCACGUCCUGUAUGAGUUUCAAUCACGUGAAGGUCGCCACCCUCUUUUAGAGCAUGAAGAAGGCGACUUGAAAACACUCAAAUCCUUGGGCGAAUCCAUCACUCAAAAGUUCAAUCUCCCGGAAACUAAAAUUCCCGAGGCUAUUUAUCCGAUGCUCUUCUCGGAAAUCAGCCCUUCGGCCGCAAUUGUGGGCGGUAUCCUGGCCCAAGAGAUCAUUAAGAUCAUCUCAAAUCGGGACGCACCUCAUAACAAUUUCUUCUUCUUCAACCCCUUGGAAACGGCAGGAAUCGUUGAAAAAGUCGGAUAUUAAAAGUGCCUGAAGAGCAGUAUUACUAAGAUAAAAAAUGAAUAAACAAAACACGCCUAUA